AUGUUCCGACGUGAUCUCGUCACCCAAGUGGAGAACUUCCACCACUUCCGUAGGGAGUUAGGGGAGCUGGAGAUAGUCAACAAGCCAGUACCAGAUGAGGAGAUUGCGCAGACAAAACAGGUGCCGUUACGGGCCGAAAACUACCCGCAGGGGACAAUCCAAGGGAACAUUGAUGCAUUGGUCGCAUUUUUAAGGCAAAGUGGUUUGGGUGACAUACCUGGUCUGCGCAAUAUCGCGGAAUAUGUCGUCUUGGUGCAUGGUGAUUUGCUCACAGGCGAGCGGAUCCAUCAGAUUCAAGCCUCAAGAUCCAUCAAAGACUCACCAUCGGUGCAAUUCUGGUCCCUCAUCUUCGUCAUGGGUCUGUUUCACCUUAAGAUGGCAUGCGCGGAUGCAAUCUGGAAGAUCUUCUUGAUGCCGUCCAGCUCGCGAGAUGACCCUAAUUUGUUAAUCAAUCACAUCGCACAAAUCCGACCAAGGGACACAGGUACUUUUACAAGCAAGACGGGCCCAGGCUUUCGCCGGAUGCACGAGGUCAUACAACAUAUCGGCACCGUGUCUCGAGUCGAUUCUCAAGCUGUUCAAUAUGCAUCGUUGGAAGAUUGGGCGGUGUCGAAUCCAAGUUGGGAUGACGUCGUAAAGCUCUCCUACGAGCUUGCACGCAAUAACGUGGCGGAUCGGCAAUUUCACCGCAAUACCUUGAAUGCGCUGCCCAUCGCAUUGCGCAAUCAGGAGUGA